UUGUACUAAUGGAGCUUUUGGUCAUUGCAGGAAUUUUCUUCAGAAAAGUUCACACCAUCCAGUAAAUAUAAUUGAUAAGUUGCUGAGAAAACAGAUCGCAGAUACAGUGAAUGUACAGGAACUGGAGGACAACUUUCCUGUGCUGUUGAAACAAUGCCUUCAGCCUGAUGGCGCCUGUGCAGGAUCUGAAGUUGGUCAAGCUGAACUUUAUUGGGUGAGCUGUUCCAAGCUUGAAGAGGAUAAAUCGAGCAGUACUGACUGCGCUGAGCCUCAGUGCUGUGAUGUUCCUACGCCAGUCUUUGACAGGAGCUUUGGAAACAAGAGCGAACAGAUUAUGGACUGCACUACCAUGAAACAGCUUGGCAUCCCUGAUCUGAGUGAGGAUUGCAGGAGCUACUGCCUUCGGCCCACUCUGACAGGAUAUGUCACCGAUAUUUUACGAAAACCAGACUUCAGAGUUGGAGUAAUUUAUGCACUCAGUGGUCCCGUAUUCAGGAAGUGUCUGAUUACACCGCAAACUAUGCCAGUAUUCCAUGAGAUGGUUUUGGUUGGUGCUUUCAACAGCGAAAAGAAUCCAGAUUUUUUAAGUCUAUUUAGGUGCUCUGUGGAGAGGGCCAUUUCAUUCCUCAUUAAGUCAGCAUCAGGAGCCCUGGCCUGUAUAGAUAAGAACUUAAAAUUGAUCACUUUUAAAGAAGAGGGUAGUGGGAAAAGCUGGAAUAUUUGUUUUCAAGACAUGGAACACCCAGAAAUUACUGAUCUAACUGUUGCAAAAUUGGUUUGCACUCCUAAUAAACAGAGCAACAGUGAAGUUAAUGUCUGUGUUACAUCAAUAAAUCUUGACCUGCUGUCCAUGGUGCUGUAUCAUAUAAGUGACUGGAGGAUGCUAUGGACAUUUGAUGAACGCUUCCUCGACCAGAUUAGCGCAACAGAAUUCAAACCAUUUUCUGCGUUCUCGCUCUACCCACCCACUUAUUCACAUGACGUAAGCUUCUGGGUCAGUGAGAAUGGGGAACCGGAUGAGUUGGAGCUCCAUGCAGUUGUAAGGCGGGUAAGCAGGGAUUCGGUAAUAGAAAUGAAGCUGAUCGACAGUUUCUUGCACACUCAAUCCAAACAUAUGAGCUACUGCUACAGGCUAACAUACCAGUCAUGUGACAAAGCACUGUCUUAUCAGCAAGCAUUGGAAAUGCAACUGCAUCUUCGAGACGAAUUACAGAAACGUUUUCAAGUAACUCUUAGAUAAAAAUGAGUAUUUGGACCCGUAUUAGAAAUGUAUAUUUUUAUCGCUUGCAGUGCAGGAUUGGCACUAUAUGUACUGAGCUGUUGAUAACAGUAAGUUUUACAAACUUGAACAAAUAAAACAUCAUUGUUUGCGAUAUACUUGUUCCAUGUCA